AACUGCAGGCUCCGCCCCCGUCUGUCCCUCCCGCCCCGGUGCAGCUGCUUCCGGGCUCUGCGGCCCCGGGCAGCCUACUGAGGCCGCGGCCCCAACGCCGGGCCCGGGAAGAGUCGCAGCGCGCAGAGCCCGGACGCCUGGGUCCCCAGGCAGGCCCGCGCUUGGCCUCGCGACGAGAAUCUCCCAGGACAUCUCUGGCCUGACCUUGCGGGGGACCUGCGUGCUCGGGGACCGGUCGGGCCACUUUGUAGGAUUCCUAGCUCUCUAAAUCGAGAAAAGAACGCUGCUGGCAGGAGUUUGCUGAACACCUCUCUCCUAACCCCCAGUAAGAGACUGCCUGCUUGAGCUCCCUUAGGUCAGCAGUUCAGGACUCUCCAGAUUGGGAGCACUUGAGACCCAGGGCCACCUUCCUUCCUUCUUGGAUGGAGCACCGCCUCCCCAGUUUCUGGGGCACCUUGGGGCGUGGCCUUGGUGAGUGAAACUUGGGGUGCUACCUGUAGGAAAGGGAACCCAGAAACCCAGGGAGGACACCGUGGGGGUGACCCAGGCCUUGUCAGGUCCUGGGGAUUCUUGGCCUGAAUCUUGUGUUUUGGGGUGGUGGUGAAUGAAUUUGGAUGUGCCUCCCCACUUUACCUCAGAACUGAAAAGGAACAGGCCACUUGCCACACUUGAGGCUGCAGGACAUCCAGAGAAGUGGGGAGCCACUUGUGAAUUCAGAGUAGGACUCACGAAACAGCAGUUGUUCUGAGCUUGAACAGACUCUGGCUUCUGAGGAGACACUCAGCCCCCAAACUUGAGGGCUGAGUUCCAAACAGAAUAGAAGCAAUUCCAGGAAGCAGCCCCAGAAUUUGGGGGCUCACUACACAUCCCAACCAUGUUCCUGCGACGGCUUAGUGGCUGGCUACCUCGCCCUUGGGGCCGCCGGAAACCAACGAAGCCCGACUUGCCUGCCCCAGAACUCAGAGGAGUGGACAGCUCCUCUGAGAAUUCAGGGAGUGACUGGGAUAGUGCCCCAGAAACCAUGGGAGAUGUGGGGCCUCUCAAGACCAAGGACCCAGGAUCACGGAGGAGCUCUGAGGCUGCUUCAGAACCAAGUAGGGAGGUCCGAGAUGAGCAACUGCGAAGCAACAAAAUGGAUUCCUUCAAGUGGGACAAGACUGUCUCUAACACUCAAGAGUCUGGGAGACUGGGGACUGGAGGGACUUUUCUCAAACAGGGCCAGGAUCCUGUGGGCUCAAGUGGCACCAGACCUGGAGUGUCCCCUGAAGGGGUACUAAGCCCCCCUGGGCCAGAAGCCCCAGUGGAGAAGCCAGGACGGCGUCAGAAGCUGCUGGGCUGGCUGCGGGGGGAUCCAGGUGGGGGAGCAGGAGCUCCCUUGCAGUACCUGGGGGGCCCAGAGGAGUGUCUGCAGAUCUCAACCAACCUGACUCUCCACCUGCUGGAGCUGCUGGCCUCAGCCCUGCUGGGGCUGUGCUCACGGCCUCUGAGGGCAGCUUUGGAUGCAUUGGGCCUGCGUGGACCGCUGGGCCUCUGGCUGCAUGGGCUGCUGUCCUUUCUGGCUGCCCUGCAUGGGCUCCAUGCUGUGUUGAGCCUACUUACUGCUCACCCCCUGCACUUUGCCUGCCUCUUUGGUCUCCUUCAGGCCCUGGUGCUGGCUGUCAGCCUCCGGGAGCCCAGUGGAGAGGAGGAGGCCACUGACUUGGAUGGCGAGAAAUUGGAGAGGGAGGGUGAGGAAUAGAGGGGACACCCAGGAAAGGGGCUGUGACUGCAAGAUGAGGUGUGACCUAGUACCCCCAUCCUGAGUGGGGUGGGAGCAAGAGUGAAGAUAGUGUGGCCUGUAGGAGGAAAGUGGGGGCCAUGACCCAGAUUGUAAGCACAGGGACCUCAGGGGUGGGGAAGAAACCCCAGAGGGUGAGGGCGUGGCCCCCCUUCAUACACAAGAGAGAGUAGAGCUGUUUAGGAUAUCUGUUUAUGGACAAUGGGGAUAUUGUCCUUGAAUUCACCAGCUGUUGUUACUUUUUGCUUUUACAUUUCUCCCACUUCCAGUUUUUUCUUUCCACCUUUACUUUUUAAAAGAAAAAAAUAAGUGUGGUGGUGAACAAUAAAGACUAAAGAGUCCUCUUUACCUUUCAAAACUACCCAGGGGUGGAAGAGACCAGAGACAGGACAGACAGGCCUCUAACUAGGGUUAGAGGGUGGUUGGAGACCGAAGGGAGCCCUUGGAUCCUAGGAUCUGAGCCACCUAAGGAAGAAUGGGACUGUGAGGUGGGUGGAUUAAGGGGUGUGGAUAGGAGCCAACAGUGACAGGGGCCUGCAGGAAGGAUCUGGGUGGUCCCAGGAGCCAGGGGAAGGUGGGGAUGGUGCAGGCAGUACUGGCAGGAGGGCCAAUUCAGAGGGGUUGGCAGCUCAGACAGGCAGUAUGGGGAAGCACUGGAGCUUAGAGUUCUCACUCAGGUUAGGGGUUUGCACACUCAGCAAUAAACAACUGUAAUCACACCAAAUCCUAAAUAUACCACUACAAAGAGA